CCGCUUGUCCGGCGCCCAGCAUGGCCCCGCAGCAAACAGGUAGCAGCAGGAAGCGGAAAGCUCAGGGAGACGGUCAGGGCGCCGGGAGCUCCGUGUUGCCCGGCCCGGUGAUGGCGGCGGCCCCUGGAGAGGGUCCGAGGCUGCCCAAGAGGCAGAGGCGGCCGGUGGCGCGGCGCUCGCUGGUGCACUACCUGAACGGGCGUGCUCAGGGCCACGCAGGGCUCCCGGGCUUCGAGAGCGAGCUGCGGGGCUACGCCAUCCUCAGGCUGCCUGAGCUGCUGCAGGAACGCCAGCUGGCCCUGGGCCCCCUCAACAAGGUGUUCGCCUCGCAGUGGCUCAACGCCAGGCAGGUGGUGUGUGGCACCAAGUGCAACACGCUCUUCGUGGUGGACAUCCACUCUGGAAGGAUCACUCGCAUCCCUCUAAUGAGGGACAGGGUGCCUGGCCUGGCUCGCCCUCAGCCCACCUGCGGCAUCCAUGCGGUUGAGCUGAAUCCCUCCAAGACCCUUCUGGCCACAGGGGGCGAAAACCCCAACAGCCUGGCGGUCUACCAGUUGCCCACCUUUGACCCUGUGUGCUUAGGUGAUCGCCAAGGCCACAGGGACUGGAUCUUCGCCAUCGCCUGGAUGAGUGACACCGUGGCCGUGAGUGGCUCCCGCGAUGGCACUGUGGCACUGUGGCGGAUGGACCCUGAUAUGUUUAAUGGCAUUUCCUGGUACAAGGAUAUGGGGCUCCCAAGAUAUGCUCACAUCCGUCCAAAGGAUAUGGAGGCCAUUCCUAGAGCCACCACCAACCCUGGAAACCGCAAAGUUCGAGCCCUGGCAUUCAGUGGCAAGAACCAGGAGCUGGGUGCAGUGUCCCUGGAUGGCUAUUUCCAUCUGUGGAAGGCCCGCAGCUCCCUGUCCAGGUUGCUAUCUUUCAGGCUGCCCUACUGCCGAGAGAACGUGUGCCUCACAUACUGUGAUGAUUUAUCCCUCUACGCAGUGGGUUCCCAGUCUCAUGUCUCCUUCCUGGAUCCAAGACAACGUCAGCAGAACAUCCGCCCAUUGUGCUCUCGAGAAGGUGGCACAGGAGUGCGCUCACUGAGUUUCUACCAGCACAUUAUCACUGUGGGCACUGGUCAUGGCUCUCUGCUCUUCUAUGACAUCCGUGCCCAGAAGUUCUUGGAAGAGAAGUCCUCAGCUAGUCUGGACUCCUUUCCUGGGCCUACUGGGAGGAAGCUUAAACUUACCUGUGGCAGAGGAUGGCUCAACCAGAAUGAACUAUGGGUGAACUACUUUGGUGGCAUGGAGGAGUUCCCGAAUGCACUCUAUACCCACUGCUACAACUGGCCUGAGAUGAAGCUCUUUGUGGGUGGAGGACCUCUUCCUUCAGGCCUCCAUGGGAACUAUGCAGGCCUCUGGAGCUAAAGAUGGCUGCCUCCAAACCAAAAUGCACAGAUUUUUCUUUCAGUCUUUUUCACUCUGUGUGUGUGUGUGUGUGUGUGUGUGUGUGUGUACACACAUUUAAUUCUUUGUCUUAUUUUAUCUUCCAUGUUGAACUGUCUGAUUUACCAGUUCUCAUGACAGAGUAAGAGAGAAGGGAAAAACAGUGAGAAAGGACAAGGGUAGGGAGAAAGAGGAGAGAACAAAAUGUGAAUCUUUCUGGCAAAGAAAAUGUGGCUUUAAGACUUUUCUGUACCUUUCCCUAGAACAUUGAAGUUUGAUUGUAUCAGAGAAAGAAGUUUGAUUAAAUCUUAAAGUUUUUUUUUUUCUGACUAAUUUACAUGUGUUGCUUCUUUAGGUUAAUGCAGACAUUGUCCUUACUACAAUUCAGUAUAGUUUGACUAGUAUUUCAAUAUGUUCAAGUCUUUUAAACAUUUCAGGUGUAUGCAAUAACAUCUUGAGAAAACAUGUUAAAAACUGUUUGCUUGGCUAAUCUGAGGAAGUACCCACCACUUAAAGCCCUGUUCGAGUUAGUAGCUUAAGUUCUAUAUUACUAUCAUUUGGUGUAUCUCCCAUUUGAGUGAAUGAAACUUUGGUGAUUAUAUAUUAUUGGUGCAUAAAAUAUUCAAAAUAUAAUUAAUUUAGGUAAGUAACCUUGCAAUAUUUUCUACAAUGUUACACAAACAUAAAAUCAAGAAUAACUAUUGUUCAAUAGCACUUAAACAUCACCACAUAUGGCCCUAAGCCUUUGUUUAGUGCUGGUACAUAAGACAACCUGAUUUCUUGGGUAGCAUAAAUGUUACCACUUUUCAUAGCUAUUCAAAGUUUACCUAAAUAUGUCUGGGCAAUUAGGGAGGUAGCUGGGGUUAACAUUCAGGGAGCACUAUCUAGAUAGCCAUUUACACUGAAAGGCCAGUAGUUGUGGUUACAAUAGGUUUAGUAGAUUUUUAAAAUUUUACUGCAUAGAUAGUUAUUUUAUUGGGAGCAAUUUUGAGUAUGAAAAGUAUACCUGAAGAAAAUAUUCAAUAGCUUAGUAAUUAAAUUAAGUUUUUAAAUGAUUACAUAUGUAUUAUUUUCUUAAUUGUCCUUCUAGGAAUGCAUUUUUCAAAGCCAAAACUCUCCAGGAGAGAAGCUGAAGGUGCAGCUGUGCACAAAUAACCUUGUAUAUUCAGUUUUGAAAAGGAAAAUGAAUAAAGUGGGCAUGGUGGUGCACACCUUUAAUCCCAGCACUCGGGAGGCAGAGGUAGGAGGAUCGCUGUGAGUUC